CCUGGAAUCGGAUAAAUCAGAACGCCUCACCGGAGACUUUAGUCGCAUUUUGCUCACCACUCGUGCGCCGUUUUUUCCUCCCCCGGUUUUUCCGUGAGCUCUCAUCCGCCCCCGCAACUCAGGCGAGAUUUUUUCUUCCCUUUUUCACGGGGCUCGAACAUGCUCGCUUCCUCCUAUUUCUACCUCGUACCAUUCCUUUUUUUUGGCUCUACACUACAAACCGAUAAUUCUUAUUUGCACAAGUACGUUCCUCUCAUAAUCGGACUUCACGAGCUCUACGGACCCUCCCGAGUCUGCAUCGUUCUGCCGCUCUCCGUCCACAGUAAGAGUAUUAAGGACACGACUGGAAGUGCCGUCGCUGUCACUUUGACUCGGGAUUUUUCGCGCAGGGGUGUGCAGACUUUUAUUAUCGAUACCGAAGAGAGCUUGAAACGCACGGACAACUACAAUGCCCCAGGAGUUCGUCCCCUGGUCGUCGUGGUGUUGGCAGCUGCGAAGGACGUCGCCGAAUUCGUUGGGAACAAAAGAAAAUUCGAAGUUUUGCAUCCAGUUUGGCUGCUCAUAUUCACCGAGGAAUUCGGCACUUCCAUAUGCGAGCAUUGCAAUAAUCCAACGAAAAAUAUUUUCGGGCUGCGCUUCGAUACCGAAAUGUUGAUUAUUUGCUGCGAAAAUAAAUCGCUCCAAGAGUGGUGGUCGGAUCACAGAAACGGCACGGAAAGAAAUACCAUCGGCGAGUGGUCCAUCGGAGAUGGAUUGACGUCGAUAACGAAUCAGAGUCUCUACGCGAGACGCUCCGAGGUCAACGGCGUCGGAUUCCGCAUCGGCGUUGUCACCAAUUCGGCUUUUUAUCUCGAAGAAGACGGCCGCCCGGGUGGAUUCUUCAACUCCAUUUUGAGGGAGUUGGAGCAGGUUAUGGAUUUCAAAGAGAUGAAAAUAACGAAGAAGGAAGGCUUCGGCAGUUGGGAUUCGGAGGCUCAAAGUUGGUCCGGCGUGAUAGAAUUACUCGACGCGAAUGAGGCCGAUCUCGGUGUCGCGGAGUUCAGCAUGACGACUCAUCGCCUCCAGGUCGUCGAUUUUACGCUGCCUCUGAUGGUCACACCGAUUCAAGUGUACUUCAGAGCUCUCGACAGUUCAGAGGUCGAGUGGUCGGCUCAUUUUAAGGCAUUCGCCCUACAAAUUUGGAUGACGAUCGUCCUCCUCGUGAUAACUUCAUCGAUAUUGGUGGCCGGAAUGAAAAUGAGGACGGGCAGCCAUUCCUUUCCGCACCUCAUUUCCGAGCAUUAUCUUUACGUCUGGGGCAUUUUUUGUCAGCAGGGAUUGGCAGUUUUCCCACCGGAAACUCCCCUCAGAAUCGCCUACUGUUCGAUAUUCAUUUCCGCUUUGGUCGUAUCAGCAGCUUAUUCGGCCGCUUUGAUAAGCUUCAUCACGGUUUCAACGACCAGUUUUCCAUUCACCACAUUAGAAGAGUUCGUAAACGACGGAACUUACGAUCUCGUAGUCCUUAAGAACAGCGCCGAUUGGGAUCUCUUCGACUCCUCGCCCGAUCCUGUCUAUUCCAAAAUGAAAACUCUUCUGAGACCUUGGGAAUCUCUUCCAAACAAUAUGCAAGAAGGCUUCGAACAAAUUUGCGAUGGAAGAACUGCAUUCUACUCGAGUCAGGCGUUGGUGAAAACGGGGAUGAAUCAUCUUCCCUGCAAAAUUUCUCACAUCGAUACCGGAAGCAUCGACAGUUUUGCUCUCAUCCUAAGAAAAGGAAGUGAAUAUACCGGGGUCAUGAAUUACCACAUUCAACGUUUCGAGGACAACGGAAUGUUGAAUCGUCUGAAACGAAAGUAUUUGAUGAAACCUACGGAGCCCGAAGCCACCCACAACGAAGUGACUAUUUGGGGAGUAGCGCCGAUACUUUCGGUCUUGGCAGGUGGAGUGAUCCUUUCCCUCAUUAUUUUGGUAGGCGAAAAAUGUUACUCGACACUUGGAAAAUCCGAGCGAAAAUGGCGGACGUCCAAACCCAAUGGGAUGUCCUCUCCUCGACAACUAACGAUUCGUAGAGGGUUCGAUAAAAAUAAGGAAAAUGCAGCAUUGCAUUUACAGACAUCUUUGAAAUUGCGGUCUCGGUAUUUCAGUCAUUUGCCCAUGGAAUAUCGUCCUUGAAACAUUUCUUUUCUUUUCAGCUAAAUAAAUGUGACUCGCCGAAGA